AUGAAGCUUUUAUUGUGCAUCCAUCUUGCACUCCUUGGUGUUGUUGCUGUCCAGGGGACGCCGCUGAAUGGUGUCGGCGUUGAUGCUGGCCCCAACGGCAGGAAGCCGGAUGCGAUGACACUUAUACGUGAGCUGCAAACCGACCCCCACGGUUUCAAGCAUGUGGGCGAUGAUGGAAUCGGCCGAUCCUACGACAGAAACGGCAAUGUGAUUGACGUCUUAAGACUGACCAACGACGAGCUCAUGCAAGUUGCCUUCACUCAGACAGACCCUGAAGCCAAAAAACACCUGGAAGAGGUCUGGGCUGGAGUCAAUGGCCAUGAGACUCCAGAGAAGGAUUUGUUUUCGCCGCCCUACAACAUACUCCCAACCAGGCUGACGAACCCGGAGUUUCAAGAUUCCCUUCAAAUGGUGGAGGAGGAAAACCUCGCCCUUCUCCAAAAAAAGAAUGCGAAAGGCGGGCUCACUCCUAACAUUAAUUGCCGUGCGUUUACUUGCAGAAACAGCGCUUUCUGCUUGUCUCAAGGCUGCACGAGCUGUGUUCAAUACGAUAAGUUCAUGGGUAUGAACUGUAUCUAA